AUGGAAAACAAUCCGGAAAACACUUUUGAGUACGAACCACUCAGCACCGAACAUGCACAUCCAAUACGCCUUCUAUCGCUACUUCCCUCCUCAGAUUUCAAAGCAGAAAUCAAAUGCGAAAUAUUCAAUACCAGCCUUGAAGAUAAACCAAUUUUCGAAGCGCUGUCAUAUACGUGGGGCGAUCCCAAAGACCUCAUUCCCAUUUUGCUUCAUGGCCGACCUCAUCAAAUCCCUCGGAACCUUGAAUCUGCACUUCGCCAUCUCCGCCUCCCUGACCGAACAAGAGUUCUUUGGGUUGAUGCCAUGUGCAUUAAUCAGUCAGACAUUCCUGAGAGAAAUCAGCAAGUCUCAAAAAGGAGGGAUAUCUAUACUAUGGGUGGGGCCCAGAAAGUCGUUGUUUGGCUGGGAAGAAUAAAAAAUGCACAACUUGGACUGGACUUUUGUGCGAAGCUAGCUGAGGAACAACCAGCAUAUGCGCGCUCUUCAGCAUUCAAGGUGGAGUGGGAGGCUUGCCAUGACAUAUUUAUGAGGAACCCAUGGUGGUCCAGAGCAUGGAUUGUCCAAGAAGUGGUUCACACUAACGAAGUAGUCGUUCACAUUGGUGGUUCGAAAUCCAUAUCAAUCGAAAGCCUCUGCGAGAAGUUUAAAGCUUAUGAAAGCAGAUCGUGGAUUAUAAGAUUAUUCUGGGAUUGGACUGAGGAAGAACUUCAGAAGGACGAUAAAGAGGCAGCGAUAGAUCCCCGUCUGCUAGAAGAAGAGUGGUAUAUACAGAUGAUAGCCGUUCAACAUCUAAAUCAUGCUACUACAAAGAUCUCAAAUACUAGAAAGGAUGCAAAUCUUUCUCCUCCUGAAAGACUGUUCUUGCCUUCACUACUCUGUACAUUUCGCGAUCAGAAGGCUACGGACUUUCAUGACAAGAUUUACGCCUCCCAAUGCAUGGCGUUCGACACCCCGGCGCGAAACGACAUUCCCAUAGACUAUAAAAUUUCCAAGCAAAAGCUAUACACCAUCGCAACCCGCGUUUUCACCAGAGAGCACAUAUUCCCUCUACUUCUAGUCGAAUCAAAUCAGAAACCGGUAUCUAGCACAUCAGAGCUGGCUUCAUGGGUCAUUGACUUUGAAAUGACGCAAAACUUAUCUCAAAGAAAACAUUUCUCGAUUUUUACUUUCUUUGAUGCCAGCAAAGGGUUUCCGCCUGUUGAAUAUGAGCCUCGAUUGUUCGACUCCCUUGAUUAUACGGUAUUGCCACUUCGAGGUAUCUAUGUGGCAACAGUUACUGGUGUUUUUGAGACUCACAUAACUAAUCACAGAGAUCUCGUUGACCUGGAUAGCUUGAAACUCAUCCGUUACUCUGAAGAACCCCAACAUCGGAAUCGAGAUUUCGUCGAGGACCCUCCGACACCAUGGCAAACCCAUGACCAAGAGACCGGCUCAGCUAUCAUCUCACAGGGUAACACAUCAUGGGGUCCAAUAUAUUCAGAUGUAGGUGACAUUAUUGUUGUGGUUGCAGGUUUCGAAUUACCUGUGGUUUUGCGAAUGUUUCAAAAGGAGAAAUAUCUUUUUGUGGGAGCAUGCCUUUUGAUUGAGAGGGAGAUGGAGAAGUUUUCUACUUACAAAUCGGACCCAGCGUUCUCAGAUAUUAUGCACGGGCGUGCAUGCGAAGGGUUGCCUGACGACUACGAAGCGGAGAUCUUUGACAUUUACUGA